GUUGGAGCAGUCGUCAGGCUCUGGCAAGCAGAAAGUUGCGCAAAAAGAAGGCGCGCUUUCUACGGUCGGGUAGAGCCCGCUGUCCCUGUAGUGAGCCUGGUGGUAGGCAAACAAAAAGCGCGUCGUGCACAAACGCGACAGAAACGCGAAGUGUUUCGACGAGGAGAGAAGAGAAAUCAAGAGAAAGAAGAAGAAGCAGCGGCAGAAGGCCGCUGGGAGAAGGUGGAGAAACGGGAUGCAACGAAGGACGCAAAGUUUCGACGAUUCAGUGGCAAGAUGGAGUCAGUUGCUCGCGUUCUACUUGUUUUGCUGAUAAUUGCUGUCGCUACAUCAAUCACCGGAAAAUUGCAGACUGUCAAACUUCUCGCGGCGCGGAAUCGUGCUAUGCUGAGACGGUUCGCCAUCUCUCGCGAGGAAAAAUCUAAAGUUUGUUACGAUCUACUCGGCUGCUUUGCGGAUCCGCCGGCGCAUUUAUCAAUAAAACGACCGCCCGAGCAUCCUAGCAUAAUUCAAACGAGAUUCUUCCUCUACACACGUGCGGACCGACAGAACCCGGAACCCUUACAAUACGGGGACGACUUAAAGUCCAUCAUACAUUCCCGGCUCAAUGUCAGCGCGCCUCUCAGGGUGUUAAUACACGGUUUCAAGGGCAGUGGAAGUGACGUCGGCGUAACACUUGGCAUAAAUUUUCUUCUCGAUGAAGAAGACGCAAAUAUAAUCAUCUUGGACUGGACGAAGGGGGCUGGCACGACUUACACGGCCGCGGCGGCAAAUAGCGAGCUGGUCGGCCGGCAAUUGGCCUUGGUGCUUUUGGACGCCAUCAAUUUGGGAAUCGAUCCCGCCGACAUCCACAUAGUCGGCUUCAGUCUUGGCGCGCACGUGGCCGGCUGUGCCUCGGAAGUAUUGAAGGGUAGGAAUCUAUUGCUGGGCCGCAUAACAGGUCUCGACCCGGCGUCACCUUUCUUCAGGCGUCACCUGUUCAGGGAGAAGUCGAGAAAAUUGGACGCCACCGACGCCCGUCUCGUCGAUGUCAUUCACACCGACGGCUCUCAAGACUUCAUGGACGGCUUUGGCCUGCUUAAGCCGAUCGGACACAUCGAUUUUUUCCCCAACGGCGGCAGAGAGCAGCCCGGCUGCACCGAUAUUAAAAAUUCGGUGGUGGUCAGUCACUUGAAAGAAGAUUUACUGGACAAGAAUAUAGCAUGUAGCCAUUUAAGAGCUUUUCAACUCUACAUAGAGAGCGUCCGCUCGCAAAAUGAAAGGUGCAAAUUCAUCGCAUGGCCUUGUCCACACGGAGGUAUAUCCUAUACGAAAGGAACAUGCUUCCCUAUGGAAUCAACGAAUUGGAAUCAGGAAAUGGGUUACGCGGCUGAUCAUGGACCCUUAGGAGUCUAUUAUCUAGCGACUAGAGCUGAAACACCGUUUUGCGGUCAACCAAUCAGAGCAUCAGUGACGACAUCCGUAGAUAUGCUAAAAACAUCUGGUACUCUUUUCUUCAAAAUCUUUCUCACUAAUUCCACAACGCUCUUCAGAAUUCAAUGCACCUUGUCGAAUCAGAUAAACGAACAAAUGACGUUCUAUAAUAUCGCGGCAGUGGAUUUUGACACGUUAACAGAAGAUACUGCAUCAAUCACCGGCAUCAUCUCAUAUCAAUCUACCGCUAAUGGGACAGAGGGAGAAACUACACAACCUCCUGAUUCAGACAUGAUACUUUUCGAUAAAUUAACCCUCGAGGAUCGUAAGGGCCAUAGGUGGGAAUAUUGCAGAACGAAAACUGUAAUCAAUUCGUACGAGAUGCACGUGGAAUUGAAAAAUGAAGGCUGCACGUUAUAAUAUAUACCUCUGAUAGCAAUUUUAUAGUAUAUACGAAUAAAAAUAAUGAUCCGUGUAUAUUAGCGGCCUAUUUAAAAAAAA